GUUUUGUCUGCUUCUCAUAAGUCAAGCCAUUCUCGGAAGCUUACCGCGUUACAAUGCUUUGGUGCCGCCUUCCGCCGGUCGAGCUACUGCAAUGGUCGCAAAACUCGAAAAAGGCCAAGGCGUCGGGACAACUCUCUCUCUCUCUCUCUCCGUCUACAUAUGCAUACAUAUAGAUAUAUAUAUAUACAUGGCUCCGCCUUGUGGCAUUUCCAUCCUCAUAACUCCACUGGAAUAAGCCUAGGCUCCUCGGACCACAACCAAAGAGCUCUCAAAUGGCUCGGAAACAAAUGCUGGCUGUCCUUGUAGUAGCUGCGGUUUCCAUGGCCACCCUUCCGGCAAUGGCUCGAGCCACCGAAUAUGUGGUAGGAGAUGACCAGGGGUGGGACCUUGGCGUGAACUAUACCGACUGGGUUCAGGGCAAGAUGUUCGUAGUCGGCGACUCGCUAGUCUUUAGGUACUCGCCUGACAAUCACAACGUUCUCGGAGUCACUGGCCCAGCUUUCCGGGCAUGCAAUAAGACAUCACCACUAAAGACUCUACAAUCUGGUAAUGAUACAAUCCCGCUCUCGAGUCCAGGGAGGAGAUGGUACAUCUGCGGAAAGGCCAACCACUGUGAAUCCGGCCAGAAGUUUGUCAUCACCGUCCUUUCAAGCUUGCAGCCUCCCGCCACACCCCCCGCGCCCACACCCCCCGCGCCCACACCUCCAGUUCCCGGUUCCUCCAACAAGAUUAUCAUACCAGAGUACCAGAGUUUAAUGGUGGCGACUGUGGCAGUGCUGAUGACCUUCAUUAUUUAAAUGAUGGAUUGUUUUAAUUCAUUAGGUGUCCUUGAGAUUUUAUUCUGUACGCGCCUUUGAAAUUGCUUUAUGUCAUCAUCGUAUCUGCUGUCAUUUGAAAUUGGUGUGUUUCCUUCUCUUGAA